CAUGAUGUCAUCUAUACCUGACAUUAAUGCAGUUCUCCAUGAAAAGUUUUACAGAGAGAAGCCUACGCCGUGCGAAAUGGCGUAGCAGUUGGCGUGCGCUCAGGUUUUAGACAAUAAGGUAAUAUUCCUCGUGAUUGUCAGAAGUUCGGUUUGCUAAUCAAGUCGGGGUUCGCCGAGUCAUUUCUAUACUUCCAUCCAACUACACUUUUAUUGAUCGCGCUAAUGCGUAUACAUAGAAAGUUCUGAAGUGAGAAAUAAUUUGUCAAUUUUGAUAUACAUAUGAUAUACUUCAAGCAUGGAUGGCGAAAAUUCCACAGUUGACUUUGACAGUUCGGCCCGCACACAAGAACCUCAACCAGAGGCCCAAGAAGACCAGGAAUUGAGGCGUGGUCCAAGUCUUGAAGAAGAACAGUCAGGAUGGAGGGAAGAAGAACGCAAAUCGGAAGAGGGCCGAAUUGCAGAUCUCACUGAGCGCGCUAUCCCGGAUACCCGCGAGGACGCGGAUGAGGAGCUGCAAAGAGAACGCACGCGUGAGGAGACUUUCCGGAGAGAUAUAGAGAGGGAUGGAUCCCUUACUGAGCUUGCCGUACCUCCUCCCGUUGAACGCGUGUCAUCCAGGCGGGGCGACUGGGCAGCUCUCGAGAGCGCCGAGUCUCGGGUUACUGCGCCGCCCCCUCGCGUUGAUCGAGUUGCUGGAAUCGAAGCCAAAUUGUCGGCGUUUGCUACCCGCCUUUAUACCGUCUCCUAUCUUGUGCUUUUCUCAAUGCUAGGAGCAUUGGCUCGGAUUGGGCUGGAGUGGUUGACUACUUAUCCUGGAGCGCCGUUGACCACCGGAGUUACCUGGGCAAAUGUUGGAGGAUGCCUCUUUAUGGGAUUCCUAGCUGAAGACCGAAAGCUGUUUCGUGAAGAAUGGGGACAGUGGAAGCGAAAGCAUUCGAGACACAAAUCUAGCGCGUCAAAUGGCCCGAUUUCCCAUCCAUCUCCUCAUUCUCACUUACCGCAUCCUAUGAAACUACUCCGCCGGCGGUAUUCGCGUUUCCAUACCCUCCACACACCACAACAUCCACCUCCAGAACAACAGCCCCAAGCUCCAGAACAAAGCGACCUAAACGAACAAAAGGAGGAACCGAUAACCCCGUCACUGGAACCCGCCUAUUCCCUCCAGACCCACAAAUCUAUCAAAAAGACCAUUCCCCUCUACAUCGGCCUCACAACAGGCUUCUGCGGCUCCUUCACCUCCUUCUCCACCUUCAUGCUCGACGUCUUCCUCGCCCUCGCAAACGACCUCCCAACUCCAGGCCACCCAUCAUCCCCCCUGUCCCGCAAUGGCGGAUACAGCUUCAUGGCCGUGCUUGCCAUAAUAAUCUAUACCCUCUCCCUGAGCAUCGCCGCCUUAAUCCUCGGCUCCCACCUCGCCAUUUUCAUGGACGAGUACACCCCCGUAAUCCCCUACGUUUUCUCACGAAGAUGUCUCGACCCCAUUAUCUCCUUUCUGGCCAUCGGCUGCUGGCUGGGCGCCGUAUUCCUCGCCAUCUGGCCCCCGGACCGCGAUCUGGGAGUCCACGAGCAUUGGCGCGGCAGCGCCGUGUUUACCGUCGUUUUCGCGCCGCUGGGCUGUCUGCUGCGCUUCUAUGUGUCGUUGCUGCUCAAUGCCCGCAUCCCGAGGUUUCCCUUGGGAACGUUCACGGCGAAUAUCUUCGGGACCCUGGUACUGGCUAUGUGUUAUGACCUGCAGAGAUCGACACAUAUGCUUGCGGUGUCUGCUUCUUCGUUUUCCUCCGCCCCUGAGGCUGCUGCAGCGGGCGCGGUUAGUGUGUCGCGUCUCAGCGGCUGCCAGGUAUUGAAGGGCAUUAUGGAUGGGUUCUGCGGGUGUACGACGACGGUAAGCACGUGGGUGGCUGAGCUGGAUAGUCUUGAGCAUGAGCAUGCGUAUGUUUAUGGCUUGGUUACACUUGCUGUUGCCCUGGGCCUUUUGGUUGUCGUUGUUGGGUCACUAAAGUGGACGGUUGGUUUUGGUCUUGCGGUUUGUUGAUGCCGGGUUUAGAUGCGUUAGAUAUAUACAACAAAUCCUAAACGGACGUUUUACAGAUAUCAAUCAGUAUAUUAUUGUACCUUGACGUCAGCUCUCGUGUAAAUACAUGUGAAUGCAUAUUAGAACUAACUUUCCGAUGGAGAAAAAUAUGGCAGUCAUCCAACCCAACGGCCAUCAAAUCUACGAAGCAAACAUACCACAAAACCGCGCCUCAUCCCCAAUAAACAGUCGCAAGGUCUCGGUGUUAAUUUUGACAGCAAGAGUAUAUAGGAGUGAUAUCAUCAAAGAUAUAGUAAAGGUAAG